CGUGGCUUAUCAAUCGCCUUUGUUGUUAUACAACCAGAAAGAAGAAGGCAGGAGAUACACAUCUGAUUACAUUAUAGCAGUCCCUCAAUCAAUCACUAGGAUCGUAAAAAGGUGCUGCUGUACGUUCAAGUUGCAGGGAAACCAAUUAACCAACACCCGCAUAUAUGAUUAACGAGAGUACCAAGACACCCCCAAGGAGCUAAGCCAAAAGACAAACUUGAUUCACACUUGAAUGCAUAAGUCGUGGGGUUUAUAUAAGACCAAAGGGCGCUGCUCUAAUGAGAGAGAGAUAGAUAGAGAGAGAGAGAGAGAUGGGGAGGAGUCCUUGUUGCUCCAAGGAAGGACUGAACAGAGGAGCCUGGACUGCCCUUGAGGACAAGCUACUGAUCUCGUACGUCCAGGCCCAUGGCGAAGGCAAAUGGCGAAACCUCCCCCUCCGAGCCGGCUUGAGAAGAUGUGGCAAAAGCUGCAGGCUUCGCUGGUUAAACUAUCUCAGGCCUAACAUUAAGCGAGGCAACAUCACUCGCGACGAAGAAGAUCUCAUCGUCAGGCUCCAUAAACUUCUUGGUAACAGGUGGUCUCUCAUAGCCGGAAGACUUCCAGGGAGAACAGACAAUGAAAUCAAGAACUACUGGAACACUACUCUGGCAAAGAAGCUCAGACCCUCGGAACCAAGUCCUCCCCGCAGAUCAAGAGCAGGCAAGGAAGUAGUUCAUGACCAGGCCUCUCCAGUUGAUCCUCGGCCACAGUUAAUUCAAACCAAGCCCAGUCGAUGUAACAACGUAGUUAUCCCAGUGCCGCAACAUCCAAACAAAAACUCCAACAUCAACUCUUCGGCUACAAACCAGAAAGAGGUUGAGGAUGAAGCUCCCAAAGCCGUAAAUCAAUCUGACGAGGAGGGUUCUCGAUCUCCAAAACCUCAAGUUAUUAAUGCAGACGAAGAUGGGGUUCCAGCUGAAAAUCAUAAUUCCGAUGUAAAUAUGUGGAGUUCUGGAAGCGAUGAUCACUUUGCCCUGACUGCAGAAAAUUUGUACGGAGAUGCCGGGAUCUUUAACUUUAACGUUGACCAGCCCCUGCUCAUCGAGGAACUUAUUAUCAACGGCUGGGCCACGACAACGAGUGGCUUCGACGUCCACGAGAAUAAUGGCGCAAUGGAUUUGGAAUCACUGGCCCUCCAGCUCGACUCUGGGGAUUGGCCCUGAAUCCAUUUGCAACUGCAUAAAUUUGGAUAGCUUCUUCAUUCUCAUCCCAUUCUUCUUAUAACUACUUUUGUUUCCACGUCUGCGCAGCCUCUAACGGACCAUUUAGUAUAAAUGACGAAGCAUUACGAAA